AUGAGUACCCAUACUAACAGCAGGCAGCCAAUCCCCAGCAUCAUCAUCAACUUGUCCUUGAGAUGCAUCAAUACCAUCUGCAACCAUUUUCUUCCAUUCAAUUUUUACCUCUUUUUUCUUGAUGGAUUGCCAGUUCCACCUGAUAAAGAGUAUUUAAGGGACGAGAUUUUGAAAAUCGAUGAGAGUUGGGCUGUUCCUCGUUUUGACACCUUGCCUAAUGUGGUUCAUAUUCUAACAUCAAGAGAUCGUGAAAAUGAGCUCCACUAUUUGAAGGAGCAAAUAGAUAUAGUUGAGGAGGUUGUGGAUGAAGUUGUGCAUGCUUAUCACAGUGCCUUCAACAAAGCCAUCCAAAACUACUCUCAGAUCAUAGCAAAGAGGCCGUUGGAAUCAAAGCAGACUACUCCACAUUUAUACUUUUCUGAUGUCAUUCUAAAUCCUCUUCUCUCUUUCAGAAAGGAACUAAAAGAGAACCAUGAUAUCAAAGUUUCUGUGAAUGACAUUGUCAUCAAAGCCGUUGUUGUUGCUCUAAAGAACGUGCAAGAAGCUAAUGGUAAUGAGUCCCUCUAG